AUGUUCCGACGCACCAAAAGCUUGUCGUACCCAUACAGGAAGAUUCUGAUCCUUGUCCACCAACUCCCCACUCUGCCCCACCGCCCACCACUUGUCCUCUGCCCCUCCUGUACCACCUCGGUACGUACUACAGCCAUCUCGGACGGGCAACAUCUUACGAAAGUAGCCCUCGUGGGACAGCCCACGCAACUUCUCUCCAGCACCCCGGCACACUUCUCAUUCGCCUCCUCCAGGAAGUCUCCAGCUCAUCUCAGGAGCGGCUGCACCAGCUGCCCUUCCACGCCCACAUGGAACGAGUUGCACUUCCUGUCCAAGCACUUUGGCAGCACGGGAAGCAUCACCGACGAUGAUGGGGGCCGCUGCUCACCACACAUGCGACUGCGCUCCCGCAGCCUCAUCCUGGCCACGGCUCAGAUGGAGGAGCAUCUAGCAGAGUUCAUCAAUGCCUUCUCCCCUGAGAGCGUGCUGCCGCUGGCCGACGGGGUCAUCAGCUUCAUUCACCAUCAGAUAGCAGAGCUGUCCAGGGACUGCCUGUCCAAAGCUCGCGAGGGCCUCAUCACUACUGUUUACUUCUUUGAGCUGCAGGAGAACCUGGAGAAGCUGCUCAAUGACGCGUACGAGCGAUCAGAGAGCUCAGAGGUGGCCUUCGUCACAGAGCUGGUGAAGAAACUCCUCAUCAUCAUCUCUCGCCCAGCAAGGCUGCUGGAGUGCUUGGAGUUUAAUCCAGAGGAGUUCUACCACCUGCUGGAGGCAGCAGAGGACCACGCCAAGGAGGGACACCUGAUGAAGACGGACAUCCCUCGCUACAUUAUCAGCCAGCUGGGACUGACACGAGACCCUAUAGAGGAAAUGGUGAACCUGGACAGCUACGACAGUGAGGGACCUCUCACCCCAGAAACAGACGACUCAACAGAGGUGAGAACCUUGUCCCUACUCCACCUCUUCCCAGCCCACCCACCAUCAACCCCCGUCUCCCUCUGUCGCUUCAUGGUUAAGUCAAACUGGAAGAUGAGAGUAGAAGAGCCCGAAGAGGCUGACUUCCAGACCACUAAAAGUGAUCAGCCAAAUGAUCAUGCCUUGGGUGAGGGUGUGGUUGUCGAGGCUGUUUACCUGUCCCGUCCUGGAGACCCUCAGCCGGUUUGCAUGAAGAAAAUCAACAAGCAGAACCUGAUACUGGAGGAACCAGAUCCAGCAAGCAUUCAUGACAUAGUGUGGCCAGAAGGUGAUGACGCUCUUCCUGCCGAUGCCCAGCAUUGAUCUCUACUCUGCUCAGACCAACCACUGGUCCGACUGGGCACAGGCGGUGCAUUUGAGGUGAAGCAGCACUCGUUCUUCACUGAACUGGACUGGAACAGUCUGCUGAGACAGAAGGCUGAGUUCAUCCCCCACCUAGAGUCAGAGGAGGACACCAGCUACUUCGACACCCGCUCGGACCGCUACCACCACGUCCACUCUUAUGAUGAGGACGACACCAAUGAUGAUGAACCUGUUGAAAUACGUCGUUUCUCUUCCUGCUCCCCUCGCUUCAGCAAGGUGUACAGCAGCAUGGAGCACCUGUCCCAGCUGGAGCACAAGCCCCCGACGGUGACCCGGCGGGAGCACAAGGGCCCCAGGGAGGACCGGGCGGCCAAGAGAGAGAGCCUGGGCAGCCUGACCUUGAGAGAUAAGAGCUGGAGGACAGGAUCACCUGAGAUGAAGCGACUGUCAUGCUCAGAGUCAUCCUUCACUGAGAGUGACUCCAGUCCUCCAUCUGGGGCCCGGCGACGCUUUUCUGCCCUCAUGGACACUCACCGCUUCGCCUCCCCACUAGAGGCCGAUCCUGAGCUGCCAGUGCCCACCAGGCAGCCCCCAGUCAAGGCCAGGGGCACCUCUCUGGAGGGGGCCAUGGGCACCACAUCCAUGGGCACCACAUCCAGCCAGGGGGAUUUUAGGAAGGAAAAGGAGGGCAACGGGUUGACUGCUGGAGACAAGCUUCUGAGGCCAGCUGAUGUACCAAUCGGAGUCAUCCCCAGCCCCAACAGUACUGUGACUGCUGGGGCCACAGAGCCCCAGGGGUCCCGGGCCACCAACGAACUGGUCCUGAGGAGGGUCCGCCACAGCCAGCUCUCAGCUGAGGGAGAGAAACGCAACUCGCGACCCGUAACCAAGGUCAUCAAGUCUGCCUCCACCACAGCCCUGUCUGUCAUCAUACCUACAGUGGAGCAGCAUGGUACGUCCCCCCUGGCCAGCCCCAUGUCUCCUCGAUCCAUCUCCUCCGACCUGUCGUCUCGUGACUCCUCCCCCAGCCGAGACUACUCGCCCACGGUCAACGUGCUGCGUUCUCCCAUCACCAUCCACCGCUCUGGGAAGAAGUACGGUUUCACCCUCCGAGCCAUUCGAGUCUACAUGGGAGACAGUGAUGUCUACAGUGUACACCACGUGGUCUGGCAUGUGGAGGACGGAGGCCCUGCCCAGGAGGCGGGACUCUGCGCUGGUGACCUCAUCACUCAUGUGAACGGGGAGUCUGUCCACGGGCUGGUGCACACUGAGGUGGUGGAGCUCAUUCUGAAGAGUGGAAACAAUGUGACGGUGACCACCACGCCCUUUGAAAACACCUCCAUCAAGAUUGGUCCUGCCCGCAAGUCCAGCUACAAGUCCAAGAUGGCACGGCGCAACAAGAAGACAGGGGCUAAGGAGGGACAAGAAAGUAAGAAGCGCAGCUCGUUGUUCAGGAAGAUCACUAAGCAGUCGAACCUGCUCCACACCAGCCGCAGCCUGUCCUCUCUGAACCGCUCUCUGUCAUCAGGGGACAGCCUCCCAGGCUCCCCCACCCACAACCUCUCUUCCCGCUCCCCCACACAGAGCUACCGCUCCACCCCCGACUCCACCUACCUGGGCAACACUUCUCAGAGCAGCUCUCCAGUCUCCAGCACCCCUAACUCCCCGGCUGCCUCCCAGCACAUGAGACCCAGCUCCCUGCACGGCCUCUCCCCCAAGCUSCACCGCCAGUACCGCUCAGCCCGCUGCAAGUCAGCUGGCAACAUCCCCCUYUCCCCCCUGGCCCACACACCCUCCCCCACCACCGCCUCUCCCCCACCCCUGUCUGGCCACACGGUGGGUAGCUCCAACACCACCCAGGCCUUCCCAGCCAAGCUCCACUCCUCUCCACCUGUGGCCCGUCCCAGGCCCAAAAGCGCAGAGCCCCCCCGCUCACCCUUGCUYCAGCGGGUUCAGUCGUCAGAGAAACUGGGCGCGACCCUCCUGCCCUCCUUUUCAUCUUCGUCAUCAGCUUCCUCGCCCAUUGCAGGGGGGGUGUCAAUGCGUAAGCACAGCCUGGAGGUGUCACAUGGGGACUACAGGAGGGAGUCUUUCCACUGCGAGCACAGCCUGCAGAGUCUGCUGGAGAUGGAGGGAGAGAACGGGCCCGUUCCCCCCUCUCCCUCAUAUUCCUCCUCCCCCUCUCCCCCCACGGUUGGAGAGACAGGGUGCCUGAAGCCUUCGAGGAGGCUGGGGAGACAGGAGUCGCCCCUGAGCCGGGACACACUGCAGACAGGGAGGGAGAGAGCUGCCCAGACUACAGCAUCUGACCCUCACACUGACAGCACACCUGUUAAAGUAGAGCCCAAGACCAGCGCUGGUGAGACAGCUCAGACAUUAACCCCUUGUGAGGCUCUGAAGAGAAAAGCUUCCCCAGUACCAGGUGAGGCCCAGCCUAGCCCAGCCUCAACCCCCUCCACUCCAGGAGCCAAGUCCAGCCCAGCAGACAGACCUCUAAGCUCUAGUGCUCCAAGCUCUGAGACAGCCAGUGGAGGCCCUAAACCCACUGAGAGGGCCCCAGUCCAGGCUACAUCCCAGAGUCCGCUCUCCCAGGAGCGUAAGCACCAGGCUGUCCAGACAGACACCACCCCAGCAAGCAGAAGCCAGAAGAAGAGUGAGGAGAAAGGGACUGUGGGCCCAGACAAWGUCACUACACAGAGGGUGGGAGCUACAGAGUUGGCCAAGGCAAGUAAAGACACACAGAUGGGAGAGAGCACUUUGAAAGGAGGGAUGGGUGGCAUUGACAAAGCCAAUGAGACCAAGGUUAAAGGACCUGCUCCAUCAGUCCCAACCCAAGCACCAGCCCCAACCCCGGCCACAUCCCCUCUUACCAUAGGCCCAGUUCCUGCUUCAACAAAAUCCAGAGCAGACAAGGUUUCUGUUCUGUUGAGCAGCUACCGAGGGGCCAAGGAGGAGAGGAGUCACCUGGAGGUGGUGGAGGAGAACCCCAUGUCCCCCUCCUCCACCGCUGCCUCCCCCUGCUCCAGCAAGUCACGCCCCGUUUCCCCUGGUGACAAGCCAAGCUUUGUGACUCAGCUGACCAGUGUGGCCAAAAACGUGCUGGGGCCUAUGAAGAUGGGAUCCCAGGAAGGGCCCAAGGGCGGUGAGGAGAAGCGGGGAAGUUCAGCAGGAAAGUCUGAGGCUCCAUCUGGAGGUGGUCGACGGGGGGCUCAGGGGACAUCUCAAAGUCCUGCCGGCUCAGCUCAGCCUGAAAAGGCAAACACGAGGAAUUCAGGUAAGCACCACUCCUGAUCUGCGAGUGAGAGACAAACCUGGGAUCUCCCGGAAAAUGCCUUUUGGACCGGAAUAUCAUGCCACCAUAUCAGGCACGGACAGGGCACCCUCAAAAAAGGGACAAAAACAUGUACGCCUAAAGAAACACACACCAAAUAGCUAGAAAAUACAGACCUGUAGAUAAAACAAGAAUAUGUGGAGGAAUGUGCUUUAAUGCUGUUCUCAAAUGUGUGUAUGUAUGUACUGUAUGUGUAAUGUAUAUAGUAAAAGCGUGUCUUCUUGCAUGUUCCAAAUUGUACAUGAGAGAUGAAAGAGAAUAUUUAAAGAGAUUAGGAAAAACAUCUAACAGACCUGAUGGUAGUGAACACUGUGAACAUCAUGUCAACAGCCCCCACAUGUUCCCAAUGUAAACAGCAUGUCAAUAGGCAGGCUUCUGUCACAGUCUGUCACCAUGAGGAGCAUUACCCAUGUCCGUCAACUUCGAUGCCAUCUCUUCACUCAGUUAAAAUACAAAGAUAAUACAAAGACCUUGUGUUUUUCUCACAUAGUACCUGGAAAAAAGAUUGAGAGAAGAAUUGUUGCAUUGGUGUAACAUGCAUUGGUGUAACAUGCAUUGGUGUAACAUGCAUUGGUGUAACAUGCAUUGGUGUAACAUGCAUUGGUGUAACAUGCAUUGGUGUAACAUGCAUUGGUGUAACAUGCAUUGGUGUAACAUGCAUUGGUGUAACACAUUGAGAUGUGUUCCUAACUGGACUAAGAUGAUGACCUGCUUGCUAAAUGUGGAACUUGGAAUUGUAUUGUGUAAAGAAGAGCUGAAUGAAUUUGUUUGAGUGUUUUAAGGGCUGAGUCRUGGUUGGAUUUAGGUGGACUAUCUGAACUUGCACAGGGACACUAUGCAAUGGAAUUUUUAGGUAUUUUCCUGUGUGUCCCCUACAAUGUACCCAUGAACGGAUGUUAGGGAGGUAACGGUUUGCAAUAAGCCAAGCAGAGCAGAUAUAUUGUUCUACGAAUUGUCUGCAUUGACUCCACCCACUGGGCACACACUGGUUGAAUCAAUGUUGUUUCCACAUCAUUUCAAUGAAAUUACGUUGAACCAAUAUGGAAUAGACAUUGAAUUGACGUCUGUGCCCAGUGGGCAUUGUGAAUUGUGCAAUUAUUUAGGUUCUGACAUGAAUACAGUGCUAAUGAAUUGAACUAAAGAAGAGGAACCCAUAUGUCUCUGUGUGUGAAUUAAGUGUGGUCAGGUGAUGGAAUAGAUACUAUAGAAUGGGAGUCUUCUUUGAGACUUACUCGUACUCUGGCAACGUAGGCUAGAACUCUCUCCCUUUUCAAUGUAUGCAAAAUUAGCAUUGUAUAAUGUAAUGUGUGAAUAAAAGUGCCAGUUUUAAUUGAGGGAUAACAUGUUGUUUACAGUGAUGUGUAAUGCUAUGCAAGUUCUAUGUAGAAUUCCUAGUGAGAUCUGAGAGCCCGCCGUAGACCUAGGCAGCACUCUCAUCAGUGACAUAACUUAAUAUGUUCAUGCCCAUACCUGUAUCAGACUGCCAUCUUGUGGUCAUCACACAACUGUCCUGAACAUAGUAUUUGAGGUCAAAAUGUCAUUUACACAUAAUCAGUUCACAAUUGAAUGACACAAGAUUAGAUUUUAUCCGAGAUAUUACCCUCAUAUCUUCAUUAUUUUCUAUUGUAACCAUUGUUCCAUUCAUAUAGCUACUAGAAACUUGUUUGUCUCAAUACAAUUUGAAAAAACUUUUGUUGUGUGUAUUAUGACCGAUAAAGAGAGAUGUAUGAUACUGAUACAGUGCUCCUAGGAGACGACAAACAGCUCAUAUUUAGUUGAAUGCUAGUUAAAAGCUUGUGUUUGUGUAUGCGGGGGUUUGUGUGGAAAUUGCACUUUAUUUUGUGUCAAAUUUAUUUAUCUAUUUAUUACACUAUUUAUUGUAUUUGAUUAUUUGUCAAUUGCUCUCAAACGGUUUACUUGUGCAUUGUUCUUUGAAUUGUUAUUUAUAUCUCUAAAUUGUAAGUCUACAAAUGAGAGAAUUUACCUAAUCUGUGUGGUUGUCCUAUUUUGUGCAGUUAUACUUCUGUCAUUCCAUAAGAGAGUUGCAAUACACCAUGGCCUCUGUCCAUGUUGACUUAUUUGUGAGUUUUGACUUUUUUAUGACACUUCUCUCAGUUCAUUGUUGUCCAUGUUAUUUUAUUCCCUAGGCGCUGUUAUGAAACCAAUGCAAAAAAAAGCCUAAAGAGUAAUAAAAUCCUUAAAGAGAAUCCUUAAAUUAU